AUGUUCAUCAAGACGCUUGCCCUCAUCGCUGCUGCCGCCGCUGCUCUUGCUGCACCCAUUCCCUCCCACGGCGAGGGAUCUUGGACCGUCCACCCGGCCGGCUCAGAGGGCGCCGAUGCCUACUGCCUGUCCGUCGACGGCGAGCCCGGUGACGGCUCCUCUGUCGUUCUACACAACUGCGACAAAUCCCAGUCGCAAGGCUGGCACCUGAUGUCCAACCAGCGCGGUCUGCAGGCGUACUCGACGUGGCGCUUCCAGUUCGGCAACUCCCGCUGGUGUCUCACGGGCACCGAGGACGGCUCGCUCAAGCUGACCUACUGCAUGGACUCGGAGAUGAUGCGCUUCAACUCGGACCACGGGCUUUGGCGCAUAAAGGGCUCCAAGAGCUGCUGGGACCUGCCCGAGGGGCUCGGGGAUGGCAAGACUGUCAAGCUCGCCGAGUGCGCGGAUGGCAAGGCGGAGCAAAUGUGGGUCCUCCAGGCUGCUGAGGAGAGCCAAAUGCACCCUUUCGAGUAG